ACUGUAUAAUAAUGCGCAUGCGUUAACAUGAAAUGCACACGUGAAUAAACCGCCACUUUGGCGGGAAUUUGUUUGCUGAGCUGGCUCGCCGCCAUCAUCAACACACGAUGGCUACUGCUGGUGCUGGUGCUGGUGUUGUCAAAGAGAAGGCGAAUGCCUCUGGCGAGGGCAGGACCUCGUUCGUGGAGGGCUGGGAGUUCAUGCAGACGCUGGGCGAGGGAGCGUACGGAGAAGUGAAGCUGGCGGUGUGUAAGGAGUCCGGAGACUGUGUGGCAGUCAAGAUAGUCACAGUCGACGGAGGGAAAGAGGGUCUAACUCACGAGAGCCUGCGGAAAGAGGUGUGUAUCCUAAAGAUGCUGCGCCACACGAACGUCAUCAAGUUCUUUGGCCAGCGGACGCAGGGCUCCACCUACUACCUCCUCCUGGAGUAUGCUGAUGGCGGGGAGCUCUUUGACAGAAUUGAACCUGACCUUGGAAUGGAGCCAGGUCUGGCCCACCACUUCUUCCUACAGCUACUGAAUGGAGUGGAGUACCUGCACAGUAGGGGAGUGGCCCACAGAGAUAUAAAACCUGAGAACAUCCUUCUGGAUGGAGUUGACACAGUCAAGAUAUCAGACUUUGGUCUGUCCACGGUGUUCAGACACAUGGGGAAGGAGAGGAAACUGAGCAGGAGAUGUGGAACUCCACCGUACAUUGCUCCAGAGGUGCAUGCAGGUCUGGACUACUCUGCAGAGCCUGCUGAUAUCUGGUCUUGUGGUAUAGUACUGGUGGCCAUGCUGGCUGGAGAGUUGCCGUGGGAUGCCCCUACCUCUGGGUGUGCCGAAUACUGCGAGUGGUGUGCCCAGAACUUCUUCUUUCCCCCCUGGACCAAGAUCAGCAACGAACCUCUAGCUCUACUGAAGAAGGUUUUGAGACACGCUCCGUCCAAGAGGUACACCAUGGACCAGAUCAAGAGCCACGUGUGGUCCAGGAAGACGUAUGCAGUGGUGGACCAGGUGGCAGAGGAGGGCGUGUCUCCCACCAGCUCUCGCCACGGCAGACACUCUUCCAGACUCGUCAUUGACAGCUCUCCCAGAUAUGCCGACAGAGACAACAGGUCCUCUGAUUGGCAGUAAUUUCACUAAUGUCGUGUACUAAUGCGACAUGAUUCCCCCGCCAUACACAGACAAUGAAGCACCAUUCUAGAUACGUGGUGCCAUAAUUAUGCCCCAUACAGUGGUGCACUAUGGUUCAAUUUGACCCUGCAUGCAUCUUCUCACUCCCUAUACACCUCCACCCGCCACCUGUGCCCACAGUGAUAUACCGUCGUCUCUGCCUGUGGGUAGGGAGGGGGUGGACGGCGGAGGAGGAGGAGAAGUGGGUGUGGCGGUCGAGAGUUUCACUCAGCCCUCUCGCUACGACGAGCUGGUCAUCAGUACACAAGUCCCCUGCACUCCUGGUGCAACUGAGACGCCAGUCCAGAGACUGACGCUGCGACUGACCAGGUUCUACACGGCCUCUCCCUGCCAGAAGGUGUGGACACGGCUCCAGCAGGUCAUGAAGAAGUUCUCCUACGACGUCAGAAUCAGCCCCGACAAGGUGAGUCUGGUGGUGUCCACGACUGACAAACGUUCGCAGCCGCUGGUGUUCAAGGCCUCAAUCUACGGUCUGCGAUCAGACCUUCUCCUGGUGGACUUUAGGAGAUCAAGUGGAGAUGGAAUAGAGUUCAAGAAGAUAUUCAAGAAAGUCCGUGACCAGUGCCAGGACAUAAUCGUGAAACCCCCAUAAUUAAGAUGGCAUUAUGUAUAUAGACGUCAAAAGUUUUGUGUGAACAAACAAGAGAUUCAUUGUUAUUUUUUCUCAUGAUUUCCCGUCUGAUUCAGUCCCACAAUUGUAUCACUCAUUAUUCCGUCAUCCAAUUACAAAAUGCUUUUAUUUCCCCCUCUCUAUUGUUAUGUAGCACAGAAUGGUCCCUUUUAUUGUGGUCCAUGCAUAAUGCAAUCCAUGCUUAUCAUGAAUAAUCGGAGAGUUUAUUAUCAUUAAGCACGUGAGCGAGCUCCUUGACUGGCCAUCGAGUCUGGAGAACUGGCAG